UUGAAAAGGUAGAAAUGGCAUCUCGUCGAUCUGCUCGAUACAAGAUACUCAGCAACGGUGGAAAGACGUCGACGGCGUGCCCGGAGAUGUGCUGCUUCUGUUUCGACGUGCUGAUCGGGCACAUCUGCCGAGUUGAGAUGCCGAGGAACACGCUCAAGUUUCCCAACGAAGAAUACCCUCUUUUCGUUUCUUGGAAGCUCUUGCCCGACAAAAAGCUUCGUGGGUGUAUGGGAACGUUUAGCGCCAUCAAGCUGCAUUGCGGUCUACGAGAAUACGCUCUGACUAGUUCUUUGAAAGACAAUCGGUUCUCACCAGUAACGUUUGAGGAAAUUCCUCGCCUUCAAUGUUCAGUUUCGCUUUUAACUAACUUCGAAGGUGCGACGGAUUAUAUGGAUUGGAAGGUAGGUAUCCAUGGUAUCAGAAUAGAAUUUCUCAAUGAGAAAGGUCAUAAAAGGACUGCGACGUAUUUACCCGAAGUCGCUCAUGAGCAAGGUUGGAGCCAUGUUCAAGCGAUUGACUCUCUACUACGUAAAGGUGGCUAUAAGGGCGCCAUCACUCGAGCUGUGAGAGAGUCAAUCAAACUCACUCGCUAUCAGAGUGAAAAGGUUAUCAUCACAUACGAAGAGUAUAUGUUGAUGCGUCAACAAGUGUACAGUUGAAUAGAAAAUAAUAAGAGAUGGAAAACAGAGAACCCUAUUUGUUGUUUAAAAUUUUCUGACCUUAUUUUGAAACCUAGAGACCACGUGGUGCUAAGGUAUCUAUCUGUUUUAUUGGACAAAUACAAAUCUUGCUCAUAAAGUACCAAACCAGCGUCAUGU